AUGGCGGGCAAUUUCUGGCAGAGCUCGCACUGUCGCCAGUGGCUGUUGGAGCCACACGAGAUUGAAAGCGAGGCAGUCAAGAGCGACCGCGAAUACAUUAUGAACAAACUAUACAAAGGCGAACGCCCGGAUCUGGUGAACUCGGACGAGGCGGACGAGAACUAUAGAAAGAUAAUCAUACUCUUCGCAAACGUCAUUCAAGCAAUCGGCGAGCAGCUCAAGUCCAGACAGCAAGUUAUAGCCACAGCAACAGUAUAUUUCCGAAGAUUCUACGUUAGAAAUAGCUUCUCAUCGUGCGAUCCUCUACUGAUGGCACCUACUUGCCUCUUUCUCGCCUCCAAAGUAGAAGAAAGCGGACAAAUAUCGCAAAAUCGGCUGAUCAACGCCAUGACUCAGAUUGUCCGCUGCAAAUUCCGCGAUAUUUUCCACAUGAUCUCCGACUAUCCUUACAGAAACUCGAACAUUCUUGAGUGCGAAUUUUACUUACUCGAGCUGAUGGACUGCUGUUUGAUUAUUUACCAUCCUUAUCGCCCGCUACUGCAAUUUCUACAAGACUUAAAUAUCAAAGAAUCCGAUGAUCGACUAUCGCUCAUGGCCUGGCGCAUCCUAAAUGAUUCCUACAGAUCUGAUGUAAUGCUUCAAUAUCCUCCCUACAUGAUCGCUCUUGCUGCUCUACAUAUGUCUGGCAUCCAACUCAACUACAUGGACCGUCAGAUUCACGGCCGACCAAAGCUUAGCGACUGGUUCGCCGAGCUGUCCCUUGAUCUCAAACAGUUGGCGAAGAUAACGAAAGAAAUCCUGGCUAUGUACGGCGUGUGGGCCAAAUUUCCCGACGACCGCUCGAUGGCGAAGCUCUACGAUAGCAUGCCGAAGGCUCAACCUGAGAGCAGGAUUACUAGAUAG